ACUGCAUGCACAGAGCAGCUCGCAAUUUCUUGUUGACUGCUGGAAAAUUUAGUGUCCUGCAUUUUAUCAAAAUUUCCGUAGGAAAAUUAAGUUUCUCCCCACACACGACGUGCUGAGGUAUUUAUACGAAGUGAAAAUAUGAAGGGCCCAUCCAGUUCCAAAACGGGCGGAGGAGGUUCCUCCUUCACUAAGAAUGGAAAUAAGAACAAAGUUUCAAACGAUACAACGGCCAGUAGCGGUCCAAGUAAAAAUUCUGUACAAAAUUUGGAUGGGUUUCAAAUGUCUGCAUAUGCUGUCUACAAUAAUUUGAUUCCUGGAGUCAAGUCUUAUGAAGAUACUUCUGAAUCUACUCAAGCGAGUUUAAGAAAGAAAAGUAAGAGGAGGAAGAAAGUAAAAUUGGAACAAUUGAAGAAAGAUGAAGCUUCUGCUGCUGGGGGCGAUGUCGACUCGUCUAAAAUUGAAAGAAAUAAAGUUAACAGCGAACAACCAUCAUCAUCUUUGACAAGUUCGAAGACUUCAAAACCAAUUGCUUCUGAGAAGAACAAAAAUGACACCCAAGUGUCCAACUCUAAACGGCGAAUAACUCCCAUCCCUGUGCCCGUUAUGGCCCCUCUCCCUCCCACACAGACUCUCUCUGAAGAGGAAGGAGAAACUACCAAACAGAAAAAGAAGCGACGAAAUAGAAAAAAGAAGAAAAAUACCUCUUCAAAUAUAGAACCAGAACCACCACAAAAAAUGAGGAAGGUUGAGGUUCAUAGCAAUAUUCUUCCUAAUCCUCUGUCGAAUGGGAACAUUGGGAAAAAAGUAGGAGAAAAGAAAAUUGUUAUUCAAGAACCGACCACUUCUAGUUCUAAAUUACCACCAGUAGCAUCACGGAAGGCAAUUGAUGAGAUGAACAGUUGCAAAAUUGGUUCUAAUACGAAGAAGAAAACCAAAGCUUCAAAAAGUUACACUGCCAGCUCGGAUAGUGUUAUUGCUAAAGGGUCGUCAGCAGUUGAAGGUUUGACAAAGUUUGGGAAAAAAGGGAGCACGGAUAGCAACAAACCUCCAGACCUGAACAUCCUUCUCAGCCAGAAAGUCAUAUUCGACAGUGUCGAAAAUGGAAAAGAUUUGUUUGCCUGGAUGAUUUUUCCUCAAAGCGUUUCUGAUUUCAUGGAAAAAUUUUGGGAGAAAAAUUCCCUGCUUAUAAAGAGAGGAAUACUUUAUCCAAAUUACUAUGAUUGGAUUCUAUCUUCAACCACGCUCGACGACUUGUUGAGAAAAAAUGUUCUCAAAUACACUAAAAAUAUUGAUGUUGUUUGUUACGAAAAUGGGGAACGGAUUACUGUCUCUGAAGAUAUGUCGCAUCGUGUCCGACCUGCUGCUCUUUGGGACUACUACAGCACUGGAAAUAGUAUCCGUUUGUUGAAUCCGCAAACUUACUGUGGUCCACUUCGAAGAUUAAAUGCAGCAUUGCAGGAAAUGUUUGGAACAUUUGUUGGAGCCAAUGUGUAUCUAACACCACCUGAUGCACAAGGAUUUGCACCGCAUUGGGAUGAUAUCGAAGCGUUUGUUUUACAAAUUGAAGGGAAGAAGCGAUGGAAGUUGUAUAAACCCAGAAAUCCUCAUGAAGUUUUAGCACGUUACUCAAGUAAAGAUUUCGGCAAAGAAGAGGAGUCUCUAGGUGAACCAUUCAUUGACGUUGUUCUCGAGCCAGGAGAUUUGUUGUACUUUCCGAGGGGUAUAAUUCAUCAAGCUCAUACCGUAGACGGUUUUCACUCUAUGCACAUAACCAUUUCUUGCUAUCAACAAAAUUCCUGGGCUGACUUACUGAAAGAGCACUUUUCAAAAGCUGUUGACAAACUUGCGUCUACUGAUGUGGAAUUCAGAAAAGGCCUUCCGUUGGACUACCUUUCCUUUAUGGGAUUGGCACCCUCAAAGAAAACGGAUGCAACAACACUAGCCAAACGCAACGAAUUUAAAAGUAACAUGAAACGACUCGUAACCAAAGUUGGUAACCUAGAGGCUGAUGCUGCUGCCGAUGUAAUGGGCAAAAAAUUCGUGUGGGAUUCGCUUCCCCCAUAUCUGACACGUAAAGAAAAGGAUAAGACAGUUGCAGAAGACGGAGAGUUUUUAAAUAAUGGAAUAGUGAAGAAUCGAGUUGAAAUGGACCCAGAUACAAAGGUCAAGUUAAUUCGGAAGCAUGCGAUUCGUCUAAUUUUAGAAGAUUCAACUCUUCGACUUUACUACACCGUGGAAAAUCCUUUAGUGUAUCAUGAAGACGAACCCAAUUUUGUUGAAAUUUCAGAAGAAUAUCGAUCGGCGGUAGAGUUAUUAAUCAACUCAUACCCAGACUAUGUUCGAAUUGAAGAUCUUCCUGUAGCAGACGAUGACCUUUCUAAAAAGAUCCAGAUCACUGCUGAUUUAUGGGAGCGAGGUAUUCUUAUGACUGAAAAAAGUUUAGAAGCUGGGGAAAUUGAUGAUGAGGAAGAUCUCGAUUUUGAUGACUUGGAGUCCUUGUCGCAAGACUCACAAGAUGAAGAUGAUCUUGAUGACGAUGAUUCCGACGUGGAAGAAUUAAUUGAUGGUGAUUUGGAUUUGGAAACCGAGAGUGAUGAGGAAGAUUUGAACAUGAGCACGACGAGUGAUGACGAUACUGAUGGGCUCGGUGAAGUCGAAAACGACGAAUCAGACCAAGAUAGUAGUGACAUUUAUUCUAACGACCAUGUUGAUAAUAACGUAGAUACUUUGGCCAGCGAUGAUGACGACAUUGAAGAAAUUGGGUCCGAUGAUGACGAAUAAGUCUACAAUUUUGCUUAUUUUGCAUUUCAUGUAAUAAUUAAUGCUAAAAAAUCAAUUACAUUUUGAGACAUGUGUAUAAAUAAAUAAAGUUUUUAAUAUAAGAAUCUGAA